UUCCGCCCACACAGCCUUGAAUUACUCCACUGGCAACUGUUGAUGCAUUCCCAAGUCAUCUGACGUCAAGUGGGAAGGGCUCAGGCCAGAGUAGGCUAUAAAAGUCCUCUGCUACCUUUCAUUCACACAACGCCACUCUGGAUUACCAAAACCACAGUAGAGAAGCUCCUUCCUCGGGGUCCUACUACGCGACUGACACAGCAGGGAAAGCAGGGAGUUCACAGACCUGCCCGACAUAAACAAUGAAAAUGUCAGCGGCGGAGAUCAGCCAGGUGCUCAAGGAGGGAGAGUUGGAGAAGAGGAGCGACAACCUGCUCCAGUUCUGGAGGAGGAAGACGUGCGUCCUGACCACGGACAGCCUCACAAUUUACGCCGACACGCAGAAGCGCUCCAAGGGCAAGGAGCUCAAGCUGCAGUCCAUCAAGAAGGUGGACUGCGUGGAGCGCACCGGCAAGUUCGUCUAUUUCACCAUCGUAACCACAGAUAAUAAGGAGAUCGAUUUCCGGUGCUCUGGGGAGGAGAACUGCUGGAACGCAGUGAUCACCAUGGCCCUGAUUGAUUUCCAGAACAGAAAAGCCAUCCAGGACUUUAAAACGCGGCAGGACAAUGAGAGCGCUUCGCCCGGACAGCAGGAGAGGCGCAUGGCGAGGGCGCCCUGAGCCGCUGUAGGGACUUUGGCAGUUACCAACUCCUUAUAUGUGUCAAAGUGGACCAUACAGAAAUAAUAACGAGGACCAAAAUGAGGACGAGGUCAUCCGGUCCACAGAUGAAGGAUUGUUCGGGACUGAGCUCUCGGGAGAGAGGGGACUGAUCUAAACCGACAGACUGAGAGCUUUUCAGAAGCUCCACACACAGGACUGAACCCCUUUUUGAAUUGUCAAAACUAUUUCAAGUUUGCUCUCCUGGGAGUGCCUCCUAAAACCACAAUGUUAAUUUAUUUGUUUCCAGAAUAUGGUGUUACUGGCAAACAGCUUGUGUUUUUAAAUUAUUUACUAUUUUCAAUGUGUGUUGAGUAUGUAUUUAUUUGAAUAAAUAUCCAUGCAUUUUUGACAUAA